AUGCCGACUCCCGAAUCCGAAGCUUUUUUGGCGAAGAAGCCGACCGUCCCUCCUACCUUCGAUGGUGUUGACUACGACGACAACAAGCGAUUGAAGCAGGCGCAAGAUGCCAUAAUCCGAGAGCAAUGGGUUCAGGUUAUGAUGGGACGACUUGUCCGAGAGGAACUGGGUAAAUGCUAUUACCGAGAGGGUGUUAACCACCUGGAGAAAUGCGGUGCUCUACGAGAGAAAUACCUCCAGAUGCUCAAGGACCACCGGGUACGAGGUUACCUAUUCGAACAACAGAACUACAUCUCGAAAACUUCGUAG